AUGCACCACGCUCUGGACGGCCAAAUUCUGUUGACGACGACCAACUUUUGGCUACAACCCAUUUCUGAAACGGAUCAUCACUGGAGACGAGAAAUGGGUUGUCUACGACAACAUUCAGCGGCGGAAGUCGUGGUGCGGUCCGGGCAAGUCUUCACAAACGGUGGCAAAACCUUGUUUUUGCAUCCACAGAAAGGCCAAACAAUAGAUUCGAAGAAAUACUGCGCUCAGCUCGACAAAUUGCACAAGGUAGUGCAAGAGAAGCGGCCAGAAUUGUCGAAUAGAAAAGGUGUGAUUUUCCAUCAUGACAACGCUCGACCACGUACUGCUUUGAUCACGAAAAAAGAAUUGCAGAGCUUUGGCUGGGAAAUGAUGCAGCACCCACCAUAUUCGUUUUGCACUGUCUGA